GUUAGGCUCAUUCCCACAAUGCCUAGUAACACGCAGGCGCGGUGUGGCAGCUAUAACACUGCUAUCUGAUGCGCAGAGAUGGCGGGUGCCUCCGACCCCCUGGAAGAUAUGCUCUUUUCAGAGGUGGAUGAGAAGGCUGUUAGCGACCUGGUGGGCUCAUUGGAGUCUCAGUUGGCUGGGCAGAGCAACUCAGCCGGGAAAGCAGAUGAAAGCGGAGGCGCUGGCUCUGUGGCCCCUGCUAACCAUCACUUAGGAAAAACGCUCCCAGCUCCAGUGAGUGCCACAACACUAGAACAACAACAACAACCAGGACGGCGGAUUAAACCUGAGAUGCACCAGGAGGUGAACUCUAAAGACGAUAGCCCAGAUAAAACUGUCACCUCUCCAUCGCUGGGCUGCUCCUCUUCUUUUGGCGAGGCUCCCACCACUCCGACUGCCGGUGUGAGCGCCACUAGCAGCGGCAUUCAAUCACAUGGAGCAUCCAUCACACCACUAACUGCAUCUGGCGUGUCAACUUUGGCAUCCCCGCAGGACAGCAUCAGCACCGCGUCCAGCCGGAGCUCUAAGGUUAGCCCGGGAACAGGUGAGGCGCCCACAGAAGCCAGCGCUCCGAGAAAGCGCGUCGCGACGCCGAGAAGGAGCCCCUCAGCGCGGAUUAAGAGUUUGAACGGCGCAGCGGUAACGACGAGGAGGAGCAGCAUCACUGCGGUGACCGACGGCAUCAUCAGCUCGGUGGAUCCCGGCGCGACUCCUCCAAACUCCACUCGGUCGUCCACCUCCUCCAUCAACACUUCCACGUUCACCCUGUCCAACGCAAACCUCCCCGUGGGUCAGUCAGCUAUUGUUCUGGACAGGGGGACUCCCACCAUUGCCUUGCACAGACUUCCGAAUCACAUCGUAGCCAGUAUAGCCCAGAACGGCAACGGGACCAGCGUUUCGGCGCUGGUCCAGCAGGGUACCCCUCAAGAACCCGCCGCCGCAUCAUCCCCCACGGGCGACCUCAGCAAAGCGACCACGGACACUGGAGCUUCCAAAACAGACGACUGCCCGUCCAACAUUGUAACACAAAGCCAGGUUGGUAGUGUGAGUUCUGUAAUAAACACCGUAUCACCGUCUGCGUCCUGCGCUAUCACGCCAGCAACAUCCACUACAGCAGCUCCUACCACCACCACCACCACAGUGACCCAGCCUCUGAGCUCUACUACAACAGCUGCGUGUCCCACAGCCAUGGCAACCAUUUCUGUCUGUGGAACCGUUCAGACCACAUCUGUGACCACCACCAUGAGCAUGGUCAGGCCCACAGCUCCCUCUCCAACACCUACAGUGGCCACCCCUGCCCAACCUCAACCCCGUCCAGGGCUUGCAACGCCUCAGAGGAUAGUAGCCCCCCAGCUGAUUGUCAGACCUUCACAACAGCAGACCACCAUUCAGCUUCCCCCUGGCUUUACCAUCCCACCGGGAAUGGUGCUAGUACGUACUGAAUUGGGCCAAUUGGUGAUGGUUCCUCAGCAGGCUUUGGCUCAAGCUCAAGCUCAGGCUCAGGCCCAGAACAACAUCUCCCCAAGACCCGCUGCCCCUUCCACGGGGACGCCCUUCAGAGUAACAACCCCACAGCAGUCUCCUGCAACCUCUCAGACCACAAGGCCGUGUCCCUUGACCCCAGCUAAGAUGACGCCAUCUCCCUCUCCCACACCUUCCAGCCCUGCCCUCCAGACCUCUUCCUCCUCUUCCUCCUCCUCUUGUCCUGCACUCCGCCCUAAGGGCCCUGUGGCGGCGACCGUGGCAGUGACAUCUCCACAGCAGACCCCCGUGGUCAUGACCCCCCAGGCCCCAGCCCAGUUUACCUCCCAGCCUACGCAACCAACACAGACGAACAUCGCAGCGGCCCCCGGAGGUCCAAUCGUGUCCCAGGAAAUGCAAGAAAAUGUGAAGAAGUGUAAGAAUUUCCUGGCCACACUCAUCAAGCUGGCGUCUCACAAUUCUCCAUCUCCUGAGACUUCCAAGAACGUCAAGGCCCUGGUUCAGGAUCUGCUGGAUGCUAAGAUUGAGCCAGAGGAGUUCACCAGCAGGCUGCAGACUGAGCUCAAGUCGUCUCCGCAGCCUUACCUGGUGCCUUUUCUUAAGAAGAGCCUCCCGGCCCUGAGGCUGUCUUUGCUGAACAGUCAGCAGUCCCUGACCCAGCCCCUGCAGCAGGGAGUCAAACCAGCAGCUGGCAGCACCCCUCCUGCCAUGGUAGCUGGGCCAGCUGUCCGCAUACGGCACCCUAACAGCAUCAGCACCCCUGCGGGUGCCACCGUGCUGCCCGCCGGGACCAUUGGACAUGCAGCUCCCAUGGGCGUCAAGACAGGAGGGACUGUCAGUGGCCAGGUCCGGAUGCCGAUGGUGAUCACGCAGUCUAUCAGGCCGCAAGGAACGAUGGGAAAGGGAGCCAUCAUACAAGCAGGCAAAAGUCCCAUGGGCCCGCCUGCUCAGAUCUCUGGGAAUCAGAAAAACAAGUUCAACGACCCCGGAGGAGGCUCUUUCAGAGAUGAUGAUGACAUCAAUGAUGUGGCCUCAAUGGCUGGGGUGAAUCUGAACGAGGAGAGCGCCAGAAUACUUGCAACCAAUUCUGAGCUGGUGGGAACGCAGAUCCGGUCGUGUAAAGACGAGGCCUUUCUCCAUCCGGGGCUGCUACACCGACGAAUCUUGGAAACUGCUAAGAAGUUUGGAGUGACGGAAGUUCCCAUGGAAGCCGUGACAUUCAUCUCACACGCCACACAGUCACGACUUCGAACUGUGUUAGAAAAAGUUUCCAUCAUCGCACAGCAUCGACUCGACUCCUGUAAGGACGACGAGUGCUACGAGCAGUCUGCAGACGUUCGCUCGCAGCUUCGGUUCUUCGAGCAGCUGGAGAGAAUCGAGAAGCAGAGAAAGGACGAGCAGGAGAGAGAGAUCCUUCUGAAAGCCGCUAAAAGUCGCUCCAGGCAAGAGGACCCAGAGCAAGCUCGACUGAAACAGAAAGCUAAGGAGAUGCAACAACAAGAGCUGGCCCAGAUGAGACAACGAGAUGCAAAUCUAACAGCGCUAGCUGCUAUUGGACCUCGAAAGAAACGCAAACUGGACUCACCGGGGGCCACACCAUCAGGGACUGAGGUUUCCGGCAGCACGACAGGCUCCCCAGCGUGCGCCUCCGCCCCAUCCACCUCAUCUCGCCAGUACACUCGGCAGCGCAUCACCCGCGUCAACCUCAGGGACUUAAUAUUCUACAUGGAGCAAGAAAGAGAGACCGCCCACUCCCUCCUCCUUUACCGUGCACUGCUCAAGUAGCCUCUGCUCUGCUCAGCACCCACCUCAACCUCCUCCUCCUCCUCCUUAGCCACGUGCCUUCAGAUCAGGUCUAAUGUUUCAGCUCUAUGUCUCUAUAUGUACUGUAGUGAUGUUCGACCCUUGCUUUUAAUACACAGAGGCAUAGAAAAAAAGCUAAAUGUUGUUCCUUGUGCUCUCUGUUUAGCUUCACAGUGUGUAGUUAGAUCAUUCAAUUUAAAGGCCAUGUCAUGUACUUUGUAUUGGAUUUGUUGGAGGAAAGAUGUCCAGAUCCCAAACCUAUUCCAUGUGUUCUGGGUUGAUUUUUAUUCGUUCACACUAGCAUCAAAAGCUUCAGAAAACCACAUAUAAGUAAGAUUUACAUUGACUCAGAUGGUUUGUUUGGUUAGAUUUUACGCAACAUAUUUGUUGAACGCAGUUCAAUCAAUGUACUCUAUCUGAGCUCAGAAGUUGAGACUUUAUACACCAGACAACAGAUUCCAAAAACAGAUUCAUCUUAAUAAAUCAGAAUGUGUUUGAACAGUUAUUAAAUUUCUGUAACUUAAUUUAAAAAGUGAAUACACACAGAGUGAUAUACAGUAUGUGAAACAUUUGUUUCUGUCAAUUUUGACAAUUUUCACUUACAGCGAAAGAAACCCAAAAAUUCAGUUUUUCUGAUAAUUAGAAUAUGGAAUAAUAACGAAAAAAAAAUUAUUUUUUCAAUACAGAAAUAUUGACAUUUUGAAAUGCAGUUCCCUACAGUAUGUCUCAGCACUUUGUCUGGGCUCCUUUUGCUUGAGUUACUUCAUCAAUCCAGCAUGGCAUGGAGGAAAUCAGCCAGUGGCAACGCUAAGGAACACCAGAUGACUUUAAUAACAACCUUCAGCUCAUCUGCAUUGUUGGGUUGGGUGUGUCUCCUCUUCCUCUCAGCAAUACUCCAUAGAUUCUGUGUGGGGUUUAAGUUUGGCAAGAUUGCUGGCCAGUCAAGCACAGUGAUACCAUGAUCAUCAAACCAUAUAUUGGUUCUUCUGGCAGUGUGGGCAAACUCUUGAAUGGGCUUUGCUUCACAACCCACUCAAAGCUGUAGUUACACCUCCACCUGUUUCUUGUGCACCUUUUUUACUGCAUUUUUUUCCUUCCACUAAGCUUUCCAUUGAUAUGCUUGGAUACAGCACUCUGGGAACAACCGGCUUCUGUACCAGUGACUUUUUGUGGUUUAGCCUCCUUGUGAAGGUUGUCAAAUACUGUCUGCUGCACAAUUGUCAAGUCCGUCAUUCUGGCCAUGAUUGGGUCGGCCAUAAUAUUUUAUUAGUUCUAUGUAAUAUUUUAAUUCUUUGAGAAAAUUAAAUUUGGGUUUUCAUUAACUGUAAGCCUUAAUCAUCAAAAUGAACUGAAAUACACAUUUGAACAACAUUCAUGUGUGUAUAGUAAAUCAAUAUAAUAUAUGAGCUGAAUUGAAUAAGCAAAAAAAAAAUAAACUUUUGGAAGUUAUUAAGAUGCACCUGUAAUAUCACUCUGUUAUAUUUCCUUGCUGUAUGUGUAAAUAGUUCUUUUUGAAUUAUUUUACAGCAUGUAUAUUUUUUAACACAAGUAAACUUUGUAAGAAAAGGAAAUUAUUCCUGUGUGAAUAUUACAUAAAAGCUGAUGUUUUGUAAAAGGACGUGCUUUCAGAGAUUCAGAUUUAGACUGUUUAUCCUGUAGAGUAUUGGUACAUGACAGGCCCCCUUGUUCCCCAUCCUGCUGCAGGUAUCUGCAAAGGUCUCAACAUCGUUGACUGAGUCAGUAUUUUAUUAUAAUGUGAUGUAAGCAGAGGGGAAAAAGACAUUCCUUCACCAUUUGCUCCAAACCUCCUGUCUGUACAUCACCUGAUGUUCAUAGGACAUAAUUAGCUGAUCUGCCCCCCUUCACCGUAGCUUUCACAAUGACUGAAUGGUGAAAGUAGCCCGUUCGUUAUGGUGCGCUGCACUUGUAUUUUUCGUAAUUGUCACCCAAAUGAGUAACAGCUGUAAAAUAAAGUGAAGUGAAGUGAAGUGGAAAAAAUAGAAGGAAACAGUUUUAUGAUUCCAGAUUAAUUUUUCUUUUUCUUUGCUUUUACUCAUUGGACUGAUCAUUGUGACAGAAAAUGUUUUACAUGUCAUUUAAAAUUCUUGUCUUUUUUAUUUUUAUUCUUUAACAAUCCUUAUUGUAUUAUGUAAUAUUGUCCAAUAUGUUUUUUAUAUAUUUAACUAGAAUUCUUGGCCUCUAUGCAGCUUUUCUUGCCAGACUAAAAGUGUAUUUAAUUAUGGGGGGGGGGUUGAAGCAAUUGUUGUGCAUCAUAAACUUAAGCAGCACUUUUUUAAAUCUAUUUUACCCGACAACUGAAAGUUGUUCCUGUAUGAUAUCAAAUAGUGAGCACUAUUGCCAGUUUCUGUCAGUUUUCAUCAUAAAUAUGUUUUUUGGGGGGGGGGGGGAGUGUUUGCUUUUAUGUUCAACACAAACAUUUAAAGUCCAAAAUAUUUUAGAAACAAGCACAACAGUACCAAUUUGUGGUUGGUUCAGUUACAUUUUUAUUCAGUGAUUUUUAUUGUUUCUGGUGGCUUCAAAGGAGGACAUUUCUACUACUACUACUACUACUACUACUACUACUACUACAACUACUACUACAGCUUUUUAGCCAAAAUGAGAAGACAAUAAUUCAGAUGUUAACAGCUGUUGGAAAUAGCAUUACAUUGCGAGGAUGAUUUGUAAAUAUUGUUUACAAAACUGUGUUUAUUAGAACCACGUUAUUUUUGGUAAACUCUUGUACAUAUCUGGAAAAUUUCCUGUUUGUGUGAGAAAAACAAAACUUUCGUAUUCGUACUUAUUUUGUAAAGGAAUAAAUAAGCUGUUUACUAAACUGAG